AAUUUUCUAACAUGCCAGGCUCUUACGUUUAUGUAGCUCGAUACGACUCCACUCUUAAACAUGAAUCUGUUCUUACUUUUAAAGAGGGUGAUCGUUUUAUUCCAGUGCAAGGUUGCUCAAAUAAUUCUAAUUGGGCGUUGUGUGUAGAUAUGACAAGUAAAAUCGGUUAUGUACCCUAUACCUAUGUGGAAAAAAAGCAAAUUCCAAGUAUGGAAUUAAUAUGGAUCAUUGAAAGUGCUUUAGCAAAGUUGCACACUGAGUCUGUAACUACUAAUUCUCAGUUAGCAAGAAAAGUGAUCAAAGAACUGGCACGUAAACGAGCUAAACUUUUUGGUUCUCCCUAUGAGCCCAGUGAAGAUCCUUUGACUUGUGAUGAAAAAGGUGAAAUUCAAAGAGAAGAACUUAGAAAUCAUAGCAUUUCUAACUCUAGUUCAACUCAAGACAUCACUGUAGAGGCUUCUAGUCCAGUUUUAUGUACAGAUAAUGUUAAUUCUACAGAAGGCAGAAAAGUGGAAAAUCAAGAAUCUAAAAAUUGUGAAUAUGAAGCAGCAAAAGCUAAUGCAACAAUUGUAAAUACCACUCAGUGUAGCACUCAAACUGAUAGUGUGUCUGAUAUCAAUGUGCCUGAUUGGCUAAUACCUACUUUAAUUGAGAAUGUUAGGCACAAAACAAAUUUGAGUCAUGAAAAUUCCAAAGCAGCUGUUGGUGUCGUUCUUAAUACUUUUAUUGAUGCUGUACCUCAGCUAUGUCAUUUAUGGUGUCAAAUGAAAGAUAGUUUGAAAAAAUCUGAAUUUACACAAGAAGAUUCCAGAAACAUUUGUUCUGAAGAUGAAAGAAAACUUUUAGACAUAUUUAAGCAACUGUGGUACUGCAAAAAUGAUGAGCAGCAAAGGAACUGGCCAGUGCAUGAAGAUGAAGAUCAUAUUAGCAGUUUACUUGUAGAUCUGAAUAAUAUAUUAUUAGAUGCCAAUCCUCGAGUGACUCGAGUAAUAGUUCAACGUGAUGAUUACGAGAUGGUUAAUCUGCUAGUCACUUAUUAUCAAAUGGAACCAAGAAGAACGUUAAGAGUCAAAAUGCUUCAUGUGUUCCUGACACUUUGUGAAUUAGACUUGGUUGUUGUAACUCAUAUUGUAAACUCUGUUUUGCCUAUGGAACUUGCUAGGGAUAUUCAAGAUAAUUUUGAAGAUCAAGAGAAGGUACAGUUUUCAGCUUAUUUAUUGACCGUUGUGUUUAGUACUGGAGAGCAACCACCAAAUGGUACAUAUGAAUUUAUAAACAAGAAAUUUAUGCAUUUCUUAUUUGAAAACCUUGAAGAAUGUGUCAAAGAAGGUGAGGAAGAUAUGGGACAGAAUUUAUUAAGCAUUAUACUAGCCUUCAAUCUUCAUUUUCAGAGGCAUCAAGAAAAUCUUGUUUUAGAAACUCUUAAAGAAAGGAAAUAUGCCCAAGCUCUUACUGGAAAAUUGGUUUUUAUUCUUAAUCGAGAAGAAGAUCCUGCUAGAAUUUUAAGCCAUGAUAUGGAAACUCCAAAUUCUGUCUUAAAGUUUUUGGUAGAUAUGUUCACAGUUCCAUCCUUGAUAGAUCUGUUUUAUCUGAACGACAUCAAAGUAUUGAUUGACAUAAUAGUCAGGCAACUAAUGGAUUUGAUUCCUGGAGAAAAGAAACGGUUGCUUUAUUUAACACUUAUACAAAAUCUCCUAAGAAAUUCUAACUAUGCUGAACACAUGCACCAAAUAGACAGUUUACGUAAAUGUUUUCAUUCUGUUCUGGCUCAAGAAGUUCCCGAGAAAGCAGAAGUUGAUAUAACUCUAGACAUAGUCAAGGAAUUUGAGGUUUGGUUUCAAGAAGAAUGAUAGCUGUAAUAUGAAAGAUGUUUAUAUAGUGGUUAAAUCAAAGUAUAUCCUCAGAAUUCAGUUCUUAAAGUGUUUUCUUUAUAAUACUUUAUUCCAUACCUAAAUAAAUAUUAUUUACAGUAAUUCAGUUUAUUUGUAGCUCAAGUUUUAAAUAGCUUGAUUAAAAUGAAAGUUAAAAAAACAAAAUUAGUUAUAAAAUAUAAAACUGUUGAAGAAAUACUUUUUUUUGUGUGACAUUUCAUCUUCUUGGCUCAGAUAACCUCUAUAGAACAAUGGUAUCAGGGUUUUAUAUUUAUACAGUACAAGCUUGUCCUAAUGUGUUCAUAUAUUCUCCCAUUCAACGAGUAAUUUGUUUAGGAUCCUCUUUUCCUGCCCAUUAGGUUUUAUCUUGUUUUUUUCUGAAUUUCAGUCUGGUUAUGCAUGUGGUGAAUAAUUGUCAUAUAUGAUAAUUUAUUAGCAAAGUUGUACUAUCAUGCUUUUCUCUAGAAGUUACUAAGUAAGAGGUUUUGAAACAAAGAUGUGAUAUAAAUAUCUCUACCUCAGGAAAAUAUUUUUUUCCUAUGUAUUUUUCAAUCAUGAAUAAGGCAGUCUAAGAAAUUAGAUGUUUAGGUUUUUCCUGAUAAUUGACUAUUCACCGUAUUUACUAAGUACAUAAAUAUUUUGGUAUUAGUUAAAGAAAGAUUAAUAUGAUUAAUAACUCAGUUUUGAAGGAUACUGAGCCAAGUAGAUGAAACCAUAAUUAAAAAUAAAACCUUCUUUUCUAUUUCUUGUUCUGGAAAUCUUCUGCUCAUUUUAAUUCUAAAAUUAUAUUAAAAUAUUGCAGUAAUGAAUAUAUAAACCAUUUUUUUUCCUUUUCUUUAAAAUAUUUAAAAAGUUUCUCUUUAAAUAAAAUUUUAAUUUCAUGGCUACUUACCUGCAGCAUUAUAAUAUUGAUCUUUAAUGAUCUUAUUAUGGACUAUUAACGUAUAUAUAGUAAAAGAAAGCACUGAAGUAUAUGAUUAUUAACAUCUUUAGGGAUAAAUUUUUUAAAGUGACAUAAAGUCAUUUAAUUUUGUGCUUCGGUAGUUGUUGUUCUUUUCAUAUUAGUAGAAAUUUGGUGUACUAAGGAAAACAGUUGGGUAAAGCAGUAAACAUAUGCACAAGAAAUGUCCGCAUAAAUAUGGCCCUUGAAUAUUAAUAGCAAAUUAUGAACAAAAAUAUUUUGUAUAUUCAGGGCAUACUGGCUUUACAUUUUUCACAAAUUUAAUAAGUUUGUUUUACACAAUUUUUGUCAUGUUACCAUGGAGGAAUUUUCAGUUCCAUUUUUAGGGCAGUGACCUAUAGAGUCUAAUUUUGUUUUGAAAACAGAUUAUUAUUAUAACAGUAUAUAGAAACAGAUUAUUCUAUAGAGUAUAGCAGUGAUUAUCAAGUAAAAUAAAUUGCUAUCAUAUGACAAUUUUUUUUUUUUUUUUUUUUUUUUUUGUUUUCAUUGCUGAGAGAUUUUUUAGUGAGUUUUAGAUUUUAAUUUUUUCGACUAGAAUAAUUUGAAUUAAAAAAAUUAAAUACACACAUUUGUAUAUUCCCUGAAGAAGCUAAGGAAUGGAAGUACAAGUUUCCUCUGCUUUACGAAAGUUUUCAUGAAUAUGUUUUAAAACAAAAUGAUAAGGAGAAUAAAUUACUAUUACUUUAUUCAGGGAAUUUUUUUAGCAUUCCAGGAUCAAACAGUCACACCAAAUCAUAGCAAGUAUUGCAUGAAAUCUAAGAGUAGAAUGUUCUCAUAAACACACUGAUUGAAUAAGUUGGAAUAAUGUGAGUAAUAUAUAAUUUUUACUAUUUAUUCAUAGUUGAGAAGAUAGAUCUCCUGCAUUGCAGUUUAUACAUUUCACUUUUACUCUCUUGUCCAGAGUGCAUUUGUGUGAAACAUGCCCUUUUAGGCAUUUCAUACACCUGAUCUUACUUUAACAUUCUGCGGUACAUCCAGAUCUCUGAUAACAGAAGCAUCAAUGGGAGGGGGGGGGUUGUUCAUGGCUUAAUAUCUUUUAACACAAAUCUUUGAAAAAUCUGUUGAAAAUUCUUGUAACUCAAUAAUUUCUACAUUUCAUAGAAAAUUUACAAAGUAUCUUUUGGAUAUCUCCGUUCUUGGCCCUUGCAAAGUCUGCUAGUUUGCUCUCCACUGGUUUCUUCUUAGCAUGCAGCUCUUCAAAAAGGUGGUGAUAUUGAUGAUAAUUCUCGCCAUAGCGAUUUUAUAAUUAUGACCGGAGGUUGAAUUAGAAAUUUAAAAGUAGGGAUUGUAGGGGAUCAGAGAUUAAAAGGAAAACAACCAUAUCUUAUUUUUUAAGGCUAUUCACUAAUUUUUCUACAAAUGUACCCUAAUAUUGAAAGUCAGUGCUUGUUUUUUUGCUAUGAGUAAUGUGAAAAUUUUAAAAUUAGAUAAUAUGCUUCAUUGUGCAGUUUUCUAUUAUAUAGUUCAUUGUAGACUCUCAAAUUAAUGUGCAUACUGCCCUUAAGUUAAAAUUGUAGGUUUUUUUUAUGGUUAAAGUCUUAUUCUUCAUCACAGAUUGCAUAAAGCAAAUGCUAAAUGCCGUUUUCACCCUUUUUUUUUAUUUAAGUAAAAAAAUCCAGUGUAUUUCAUGAUCAAGAAGAGAUACUAAUUUUAAGACUUUUGUGGAAGCACAGAGACAUAGAGCAUAUUUUCUUGAAGGGGGUGAUAUAUGUAAACGUUCACUCGAAUUUGUCUCUCAUGACUGUCCUUUAAUUAUCCUAAAAUCUAAAACUUUUAGCAAUAUGGAAAAAUACAGUGCAAAAUGUGUUUGCUCUUUUCAGCUAUAUCAUAAAAAUAAUCAAUUCUGAGCAAAAGGUUUUGUGUCAGUGACUUUACUAUAUUGGAAGUGAGUAAUUGCUUAGUCUGAAACAACUCACCAAGUCUAAAGAAGGUUAAAAUAACCUUUUUAUUUAAGUCAUAAACAAACAGAUAGCACUGCUUGUACAGCAGAUGAACCUCUGCUACUCGUUGGAACUUAAAAUUAACAUAAGAUAGCAUUAAAUUCAAAUGUAGGAAAUAUAGUCUGAAAUUACAACACAAAUUAAUCUAUGUAAGGUGGCUCAAGACAACUAUGGCUUGUAUUUAAACAUUGGUUAGCAAGAUACUAAAGUCAGGAUAAAAUUUGGUAGAGUCAAUGAUACUAGGUAAUAGCAAGAUGAAGCUGCCUGAAGCUGUAAUCUAAAUAUUCAAACCCUCCACUUGGAUUCACAAACAACUAAUUUACAUUUUGGUGAGGACUAUGGAAAGAAGUUAUAGUAAAUGUUUUGCUGUAAUCAUAAUAAUUGAUCAAUUACUAUAAAAUUCCUUAGAAAGUAAUAUGCAGAUCAAUAAACUUCAUUCAAAUGCAUUUUUAUUUAAUUUAGUUCUGUUCAACAGUGCAGUUUUGUGAUCUAAUAAUAAGAAAAUACAUUUCAGAUAUGAAAUAGGGACUUAAAUAAUGUUUUAAAGAAGCUGAAGCUUUUUGUUUUAAAAAUUUUAAUAAUGGUGAAUAUGAUAAUUUUUGUUCUUUUACAUUGUGAUUGCCAUAAACAAUAGCAAAAGAAAAUAAGUUAUAAAUAUUAAUUAAUUAAAUAUUUAUUUUUGGUAGUGAAAAUAAAAUUAUGUAGGCAAAUAUGUAAAAAUAUAAUCAAUCAAAUACUUUUUAUUUUAGAUAAUGUGUGCAAAAGAGCAGUUAUAAGAAAUGUGUCCCAAACUGAACUUGAAAAACAAAUAAAAUUCAUAAUUAGCCUGUUUUAAUAUCAUCUUUCAAGAUUGACUAUAUACCUUCAUUGAUAUAUAUAUAUAUAUAUAUAUAUAUAUAUUGUUUGUAUGAACUUUAAAUCCAUUUAGUGCGAAU